UGGUCGCGUUUCCCGCACGCAAGCGCAGUGGCGAACGCGUGGUGGCUCCGCGCUGGAAACCGUGAGUGGAGUUCGCCGCAGCUGACUGGACCUUCUUUCCGGGUAACGGGUCUCAAAAGCGACUCGAAAGAUGCUGGCCUCCAAGAACAUGCCAUGGAGGCGGCUUCAGGGCAUUUCCUUCGGGAUGUAUUCGGCCGAGGAGCUCAAGAAGCUAAGUGUUAAGUCCAUCACGAACCCUCGCUAUUUGGACAGCCUGGGGAACCCUUCAGCAAAUGGCCUGUAUGAUUUGGCUUUGGGUCCUCCUGAUUCCAAAGAAGUGUGCUCCACCUGCGUGCAGGACUUCAACAACUGCUCCGGACACCUGGGCCACAUUGAUCUCCCGCUCACCGUGUACAACCCUCUCCUCUUCGAUAAGCUCUACCUGCUGCUCCGAGGCUCCUGUUUAAAUUGCCACAUGCUGACUUGUUCUCGGGCUGCGGUUCACCUGCUGGUCUGCCAGCUCAGGGUCCUGGAAGUGGGAGCCAUACAAGCAGUCUACGAGCUGGAGCGAAUUCUAAGCCGGUUUCUGGAAGAAACUUCAGAUCCUUCUGCCUUCGAGAUUCAAGAAGAGUUAGAAGAGUACACAAGCAAAAUCCUUCAGAACAACUUAUUGGGGUCACAGGGUACACAGGUGAAAAACGUGUGUGAGAGGAGGAGCAAGCUCAUAGCUUACUUCUGGAAGACACAUAUGACUGCUAGGCGAUGCCCCCACUGCAAAACCGGACGCUCAGUGGUUCGGAAGGAGCAUAACAGUAAGCUAACAGUCAUGUAUCCAGCCAUGGUGCACAAAACGUCUGACCAGAAGGAUGCAGAGCCCGCAGAAGGAACACCAGCAGCUCCAGACAUUGAAGAGGCUCAGAUGGGGAAACGGGGGUACCUGACGCCACACAGCGCCCGAGAACAUCUCUUCGCCAUCUGGAAGAAUGAAGGAUUCUUCCUGAAUUACCUUUUUUCGGGAUUGGAUGAUAUUGGCAUGGAGUCCAGUUUCAACCCCAGUAUGUUCUUUCUAGAUUUCAUAGUGGUGCCGCCCUCCAGGUAUCGUCCAGUCAAUCGCCUGGGUGACCAGAUGUUUACUAAUGGCCAGACGGUGAACUUGCAAGCUGUCAUGAAGGAUGCAGUUUUGAUCCGGAAACUUCUGGCAUUGAUGGCCCAAGAGCAGAAGCUGCCCUAUGAGAUGACAGAACUCGCCAUAGACAAGGAAAAUGACUCUGCAGUUGCGAUGGACCGAUCCUUUUUAAGUAUGCUUACAGGCCAGACUCUCACAGACAAACUCUACAACAUUUGGAUUCACCUUCAGAGCCACGUCAAUAUUGUGUUUGACAGUGAGAUGGACAAAUUAAUAUUCGAAAAGUACCCUGGCAUCAGACAGAUCCUAGAGAAGAAGGAAGGCCUGUUCCGGAAGCACAUGAUGGGAAAGCGAGUCGACUAUGCGGCCCGCUCAGUCAUCUGCCCAGAUAUGUACAUCAACACCAAUGAAAUUGGAAUUCCCAUGGUAUUUGCCACAAAACUGACCUACCCUCAGCCAGUUACGCCCUGGAACGUGCAGGAACUGAGACAAGCAGUCAUCAAUGGACCCAACGUGCACCCAGGAGCCUCCAUGGUCAUCAAUGAGGACGGCAGUCGCACCGCUCUGAGUGCGGUGGAUGCCACACAGCGAGAAGCUGUGGCCAAGCAGCUCCUGACACCAGCCACAGGAGCGCCUAAGCCCCAGGGGACAAAAAUUGUAUGCCGGCACGUGAAGAACGGGGAUAUCCUCCUGCUGAACCGACAGCCCACCUUGCACAGACCCUCCAUCCAGGCCCACCGUGCCCACAUCCUGCCUGAGGAAAAGGUCCUGCGCCUUCACUAUGCCAAUUGCAAGGCCUACAAUGCUGACUUUGACGGGGACGAGAUGAACGCCCACUUCCCGCAGAGUGAGCUGGGCCGAGCUGAAGCCUACGUCCUGGCCUGCACUGAUCAGCAGUAUCUCGUCCCCAAGGAUGGCCAGCCAUUGGCAGGGUUGAUUCAAGAUCACAUGGUUUCAGGUGCAAACAUGACCGUGCGGGGAUGCUUUUUCAGCCGGGAGCAGUACAUGGAGCUGGUGUACCGAGGGCUCACAGACAAAGUGGGGCGCGUGAAGCUCUUUCCGCCUGCCAUCCUGAAGCCCUUCCCUCUGUGGACGGGAAAGCAGGUGGUGUCGACCCUGCUCAUAAACAUAAUCCCAGAGGACUACGCCCCCCUGAACUUAUCUGGAAAGGCAAAGAUUGGCAGUAAAGCCUGGGUGAAGGAAAAGCCACGGCCUGUUCCUGACUUUGACCCCGUUUCCAUGUGUGAGUCCCAGGUGAUCAUCAGGGAGGGGGAGCUGCUCUGCGGAGUGCUGGACAAGGCACACUACGGGAGCUCUGCCUACGGCCUGGUGCACUGCUGCUAUGAGAUCUACGGGGGUGAGACCAGCGGCAAGGUUCUUACUUGCCUCGCCCGCCUCUUCACUGCCUACCUGCAGCUCUACAGAGGCUUCACCUUGGGUGUGGAAGACAUUUUGGUUAAGCCGGAUGCAGAUGUGAAGAGGCAGUGCAUCAUUGAAGAGUCCACCCAGUGUGGGCCCCGGGCUCUCAGGGCUGCAUUGAACCUGCCAGAAGCUGUGUCAUGUGAUGAGAUCCAAGGGAAAUGGCAAGAUGCCCAUCUGGGCAAAGACCAAAGAGAUUUUAACAUGAUUGAUAUGAAAUUCAAGGAGGAAGUGAACCAUUACAGCAAUGAGAUUAACAAGGCAUGUAUGCCUUUUGGCUUGCACAGGCAAUUCCCUGAGAACAACCUGCAGAUGAUGGUGCAGUCGGGAGCCAAAGGCUCAACUGUGAACACGAUGCAGAUCUCUUGCCUACUGGGCCAGAUUGAAUUGGAAGGUCGGAGACCCCCGCUGAUGGCAUCUGGCAAGUCACUGCCCUGCUUUGAGCCUUAUGAGGUCACCCCCAGGGCUGGUGGCUUUGUCACUGGAAGAUUCCUUACCGGCAUCAGGCCUCCUGAAUUCUUCUUCCACUGCAUGGCGGGGCGAGAAGGCCUGGUGGACACUGCCGUCAAAACUAGCCGUUCUGGUUAUCUCCAAAGGUGCAUCAUCAAGCACCUGGAGGGGCUGGUCAUCCAGUACGACCUGACGGUGCGGGACAGUGAUGGCAGUGUGGUACAGUUCCUGUAUGGGGAGGAUGGCCUGGAUAUUCCCAAGACUCAGUUCCUGCAGCCCAAGCAGUUUCCCUUCCUGGCCAGCAACUAUGAGGUGAUAAUGAAAUCCAAGCAUCUUCAUGAAGUUUUAUCCAGAGCAGAUCCCCAGAAAGUGCUCCGCCACUUCAAAGCCAUUAAAAAAUGGCAUAGAAAGCAUCCCAGUGCCCUGCUGAGAAAAGGCGCCUUCCUGAGUUUUUCCCAGAAGAUCCAGGCAGCUGUGAAAGCUUUGAACCUAAAGGGCACGAACCAGAAUGGCCGCAGCCCAGAGACCCAGCAGAUGUUACAGAUGUGGCAUGAAUUAGAUGAGCAGAGCCGUUGGAAAUACCAGAAGAGGGCCGCCCCUUGUCCCGACCCCAGCCUUUCUGUGUGGCGCCCAGACAUCUACUUUGCAUCUGUGUCUGAAACAUUUGAAAAGGAGAUUGACGACUACAGUCAGGAGUGGGCAGCUCAAGCAGAGAGGAGUUACAAGGCGGCGGAGCUUUCCCUCGACAGGCUGAGAAGCUUGCUGCAGGUGAAAUGGCAGCGCUCACUGUGCGACCCCGGCGAGGCUGUUGGCCUUCUGGCUGCUCAGAGCAUCGGGGAGCCCUCCACACAGAUGACACUGAACACCUUCCACUUCGCAGGCAGAGGCGAGAUGAACGUCACCCUGGGCAUUCCAAGGCUGAGGGAGAUUCUCAUGAUGGCCAGUGCCAACAUCAAGACCCCUAUGAUGAGCGUGCCUGUGUUCAACACCAAGAAAGCACUGAAGAGAGUGAAGAGUCUGAAGAAGCAGCUCACCAGGGUGUGCCUGGGGGAGGUAUUGCAAAAAGUUGAUGUCCAGGAGUCCUUCUGUAUGGGAGGAAAACAGAAUAAAUUCCGCGUGUAUGAGCUCCGGUUUCAGUUCCUGCCACAUGCGUAUUACCAGCAGGAGAAGUGCCUGAGACCUGACGACAUCCUGCACUUCAUGGAAACCAGAUUCUUUAAACUACUAAUAGAAGCCAUCAAAAAGAAGAAUAGCAAAGCAUCAGCCUUCAGAAAUGUGAAUACUAGAAGAAGUACACAGAAGGAUCUCGACGAUGCUGAGGACUCAUCGAGGAAACAGAGAGAGGAGGAAGGGGGUGAGGAAGAGGAGGGGAACAUUGUGGAUGCUGAAGCUGAGGAGGGGGAUGCAGAUGCUUCUGACACCAAACGCAAGGAAAAGCAAGAGGAAGAGGUUGACUAUGAGAGUGCAGAAGAAGGGGAGGAGGAAGAGGAGGAGGAGGACGUACAAGAGGAAGGGAACGUCAACGGUGAGGAUGCCCAUCAGGCCCGUGAGCCAGAAGAGGAAGAAAGGGUAGGCCUUGAGGAGGAAUCGACCCAGAACCUUGCCCACCGCCACUCCAGACCUCAGAGAGCUGAAGCCAUAGACCACCGGAUCCAGGCUGUACGAGCGGCCCACUCAUUCAUUGAAGAUUACCAGUAUGACACAGAGGAGAGCCUAUGGUGCCAGGUGACUCUGAAGCUGCCACUGUUGAUUAAUUUUGACAUGAGCUCCUUGGUUGUGGCCUUGGCCCACAAUGCUGUUGUCUACACAACCAAGGGCAUCACUCGGUGCCUCCUGAACGAAACGACCAACAGCAACAAUGAGAAGGAGCUUAUGCUGAACACAGAGGGAAUCAACCUCCCCGAGCUGUUCAAGUACUCUGAGGUGCUGGACCUGCGCCGUCUCUACUCCAACGACAUCCACGCCAUGGCCAACACUUACGGCAUCGAGGCUGCACUGCGAGUGAUAGAGAAGGAGAUUAAGAAUGUGUUUGCUGUGUACGGCAUUGCAGUUGAUCCUCGCCAUCUCUCCCUGGUUGCUGACUAUAUGUGUUUUGAGGGUGUUUAUAAGCCGCUCAAUCGCUUUGGGAUCCAGUCAAGCUCCUCCCCUUUGCAGCAGAUGACAUUUGAAACCAGUUUCCAGUUUCUCAAACAGGCCACCAUGAUGGGAUCCCAUGAUGAACUGAAGUCACCUUCAGCCUGUCUUGUAGUGGGAAAAGUCGUCAAAGGCGGGACAGGCCUGUUUGAGCUCAAGCAGCCCCUAAGAUAGCAGCAUUGUCUGCCCAGCCUGGAGGAUCUGGGGGUGGGCACAGCUGGCAGUUCAGUGACAUAGCAAAGCGAUGACCUUGGGCUCCAGAAAGCAGCUGGCCGGGGUUGGCCUUCAUGCAGAAAAGGCUCGUCCUUGCCUUUCCCAUCUCAGGAUCAGUAACAAGGCUUCCCAA